GAUUAUUAACCUGUUUUAGGCCCUCAUCUGUUCUUAUCGUCUGUUCUUAUCAUUGAUGAUAACACCAUCAUACACGUCGAUGUAACUUUGGUUAAAUAAUGUUCUUCGAAAUCGUGUAGCUUUGUUAUCAUGUAUGAUCGUGUGCAGUUUACAUAAUUUUAUUUCGCGUUGUUUGAACUCGAUUUGUCUUCGGUCGUUUGCCCAUAAAAGUUCAAUUGCUAAGAAAAAAAAGUCACGUUGUUCAUACACAUUAGGAACUUAAUUAUGGACCAGCUGAGGAAAUAUCUUCUAAAAAAACCGAAAGCCAAUGAUAUGCUCGAUGGCCUGGAAACAGAGAUCGAAUAUACCGAAAGGUGGACGUCCGUGCGCAUUAUAUACUAUACAAUGUUUCUGAUGUCGCUUGGAUUCAGCAUCAUACUGACUGGAGUGUGGCCUUAUUUGGACAAGUUGGACCCACACGCUGGCAAGGAGUUCCUAGGAUGGAUUGUUGCAGCAAAUCCAGUUGGUCAAAUGAUCUUCAGUCCUCUUAUAGGAUGGUGGGGCAACAGAUUAGGCUCAAUUAGAUUACCGUUACUCUGCUCUCUAGCCAUGUUUUCUAUCGCAAGCGGUAUCUACUCGUGCUUGGAGCUUUUUUCAAGCCACCAAAAAUAUUGGAUGCUUUAUUCGCGCUUUCUCAUCGGCGUUAGCUCGUCAAGUGUGGCUGUCUGUCGAUCAUACCUUUCAGCCGCCACGAAAAUGAAGGAACGUACUGGUGCAGUGUCAAUGGUAUCCCUUGCGCAAACAUUGGGAUUCAUCGUUGGGCCUGUGCUUCAGGGGGCUGUGACACUCUUUGGAGAGGAUGGAUAUCCUCUGCUCAGAAAUAAACUACAUCUUAAUAUGUACACUGCCACCGGAUGGAUCAACGUGUUGAUGGGAAUUCUCAACUUUUGCCUGUUCCUUCCAUUUGUUUUCAAAGAAAAACGCAUCGCUGCUCGCGAAGCAAUGCUGCAACAAGGCAAGCAAUCGGAAAAAGAAACCUGGAAAUCAAUGAAACCUGAUUAUUUGUCGGCCUGGACAUUAAUAUUUGCUUUUUUCAUACUGGUUUUUAACUUUGUAUUUCUCGAAACACUUGCCACACCCUUGACAAUGGAUAUGUUUGCAUGGACGAAAGCUGAGGCGCUCUAUUACAUGGCGUGGGUAAUGGGAGUGGGUGCCAUUCUUGCAAGUGCCAUGUUUCUUAUGAUAGGUCCGUUGUGUAAAAGAAUACCGGAGCAACACGUGUUAAUUUGGGGGGGCUUUUUCCUAAUGGUACUGGGACGAGCGGUUUAUAUACCGAUGAGCGACAGUCCUCCAAAACUAGCCAUUCCCGAUAACCAAACUCUUUUAUUGGCGGAACAAGAAUAUUCAUCACCCUACGUGUACGGUUCCAAUUUUACGAAUGUUUAUUCGAACCUAACAAGAGUUGAUUUUGACUCUGCUGAUCCACUCUCCACAAAGGCACCAGCUUCAGCUUCAACGACAACAUCACAGGAUUUGUUGGGCUGUCCUCCGGCGCAAGAGUGGUGUAAAACUACUCGCGGUAUGACAAUUUUCCAGUUCCUAUUAGGUUACGCCUUUACGGCGAUUGGUUAUCCGAUUGGUGUCACAUUGAUCACAACUAUUUUCUCAAAAGUCCUUGGACCACGUCCGCAAGGAACGUGGAUGGGAAUAAUGACUGGCUCUGGAUGCCUCUCGAGAGCACUAGGUCCGGUAUUUUUAUCUACCAUCUACACGAAGUAUGGUCUUUAUUGGACCUUCGGUACCACGGCAGUAAUGAUGGCGUUUACCAUGCUAUGGUUAUGGCAAAUGAGACGAAGAUUGACUCCAAUGCAAUAUGACACAACCUAUGCAGACGAAGAACUCACAGUUAUGUCUACGAGGAAAGAACAGAGAACUGGAACCGGCGAAGAAGGCGUGGAAAUGGAUAAUGUACCUAACAAAAGCCAUAGGGCUGAAAAUUGUUUGCGAAAUGUUAACGACAUCAAUCAGAAGUGAUAUUUUACUGUCCUAAUCAAAGAAAUUAGUUGCUCAAUCUUAAAUCAUUUCAUUUUGCUGUUAUGUAUUGGCAAAAUAUGUAGAGAAUUGAAUGAACGUGACCGGUUGAAAUGAAACCAAAAAAUCGUUAUCGGCAUUAUUUACAAAUAAUGUCUAAUCCUGUUUCGCAGCAGCGAUAACUAGUAGAAUUUUUUUACGCAACAAUGGAAAUAAAAAGUCUGAAUUGAUAAGA